UUUCCUUUACCAUACAUAUACACAAACACAGAUAUAUAUGUACAUAUAAAAGAAUUUAUAUAUGCUAUAGGUCUAUGUUUGUAUACUCAUCGCACUGUUGUAUCCAUAUUUUUAGUUUGUGGGAUUUGUUGAUUAUAUGUAUUUGGCUUUGGAUUCUUGAAUGCAUGUGGGUUUUGAGGUUCAUAUGUUAUGCUACUAGUAAUUCUGUAUAUUAGGGAAGAACUUUUCAGUAAAGUUCUUGACUUUUCAAAUAUAAAUUUGAUUUUAGUCUUUUUUUUCACUAUAGUAAACUUAAUCUGAGGAUAGGGGAUUAUGGGUUUGAUUCUCAUACUUAAUCCAAGUAAUUUAAUUUUAGUGAUGUGUUUAGCAUGAGUUGAUGAUUCUUGAAAGCAUGUGGAGUUCUAAGAUGGAGUUCUCAAUGUUUAAAAUAACUAUUAGAUGAAAUGCCUCGAAUCCUGCCCCUUAAGUUCCAUUUGCGAGGUUGUCUUGCAUUUUUGCAUACACUGUAUUACUGACUAUUUUUCUUUUUUUUAUUUGGUUUUUUUUAAGUUUGUCAUGAGCUAAACUUUUAAUUUUGUUAAUUUAUUUGAUUUUGGAAAUUUUUAAAAUGGUGUAUGAUUAAUUAUGAGCAUAUUUCUGUACUGAAUUAUUUAUUAGUCUAUCUAGAGGCUUAUGCCUAGCCUCGCAGAGGCAAAAUGCCUUGGUAAAUAAGCCUUUUGAACUUUGAGAGUACUAUUGCCUUAGUAAUAGGAGAGUAAACUUGCAUAUAGAUUGGACUGUGCUUUUUAAGUUGUGAUUUUCUGCUUAUUUUCAUUCUUUUGCUUUGAAUCCUGAAAAAGUUCCUCUCUUACAUUCUCAAUGAGGGAAAAAAGGAAUUCUUUGUAUUGAGUUUAUUUAUUUAUUUAUUUCUCUAUUGGGAAUAAGCUUGUUUCAUUACUGAUUGUGUUUCGUAAUUGAGUGAAAGAUGGGAAUUUUGUUUUCGAUUUUGUAAAAGGGACUCAAAAUCUCAUGAAUGGCCUGAUCAAACGUAAUUAUCUUUUACAUUUGUUGUUUACUAGGGGUGUUAAAGCUAACUCUUUAGUUUUCUUAUGUAGAAUUUUUUGUAUCGAGCAAGAUGCAUAGUAAUUUUUGGUCUCCAUGAACUUUUUGGUACUCUUUUGUUUGGUUGUCAAGAUUUCUUUUUCUCUAUAAGACUUUCUGAAUUUAACCCCAUUCUAAGCCAAAGAUAAUCGAUUUGAGUAGGUAGUCAGUUCCUGUUAGGUGAUUACUUCAUCAAUUGUAAGCUCACAUUAUAUACAGAAAAUUCACCAGCUUCUACUUUGAAUCAAUUGUGUAGUGUUAAAUAAUCCACUAGUUAAAAUUUGAGUGGUUGGAGUGGUUUCUGCUCGUUUUGAUGUUUCCGAUUUUUAUGUUGAUUUGUUCGAUUUUUUGCUUCUGUGACUUCCAGAUACUUGAAAUAUAAUAGUUCAUUGUUUAGACAUUGAUUUUGGAUUGCUCGAGUAGAUUGAUGGUUCAUUUCAUAGAUGAUACACACACACACACACAUAUAUAGGACUUCUAGUUUGUACAAGUUGUGAGGUGCUCAAAAACAUCAAAUUUCAACUGAUAAAUGCUGGGUUGGAUAUUGAAGCACGAAAAUGCCGUAGCCAAUGAUUUUAUUAUAAUUUGCAGUAGUCUAUAACCAAAUGUGUUCAUGUUAUCUUUUUCUCAAGCAGUUAAUUCCCAAUGUGAAUCCAAAAGCAUUCCUCGUUGCGUUCAGAGCUUAUGAGUUAUGCCUCAGGAUUUGGCUACUUCACUUAAAUUUGCACAAAAAGUUCUCUGAGUCAUCACCCAAAAAUCUCAAUUCCAAAGUAGAAUAUCCUUCUCAACAUUUAAGUUUUCAACUCCAAGACCAACACUCGUCCUCGACUCAAUCAACAGGCUCUUAUCACGAAGUGACUGCCAUGGGAAAGACAAGUUCUCAAGAUCAAUGUGCUUCGGCAGACUCUGAUGUACUUGAUCAAAGCUGUGGAAAAUGUGUACAAGAAGUGAUACCGACUUUACUUCUGGGCAAUCCAGAUUCUUUCAUCAGUCCUUCACAAGCCGAAAUUAGCCAACCGAUGGUUCCAUAUGCUUACUCUGAUCCCUACCUCAGCAGGUUAUAUACUUCCUAUGGACCUCAUGCUAUGUUUCAGCCCCAAGUUAUGGGUUCUGCCUCAAUUCGGGUGCCACUUCCCGUUGAUAUUUCAGAGGAUGGUCCCAUAUAUGUCAAUGCUAAGCAGUAUCAUGGAAUACUUAGAAGGAGACAGACACGUGCAAAGCUCGAAGCUCAAAACAAACUCAUUAAAAAUAGGAAACCAUAUCUGCACGAGUCUCGACAUCUUCAUGCACUAAACCGAGUUAGAGGUUCUGGUGGACGCUUUCUUAGCUCAAAGAAGCCUCAACAGCCCAAUUCAACUCAUUCGUCCAGCUCCCUGGGGAUGGUGGACUCACUUCAUGUUGAAGCUGAUACGAACGAAACUCCAAUUGAAGCUACAAGGGUCGGCAAUGGUGAUGUCGUUUUCUCACAGUCGAACAGCAUGUUUUCGAGUGUCCAGUCCAAUGUGGUCGUUCCCAUGCAAGGUAGUAGUGGCCUCGUGUACCAUGGAAAUAGGCAUUAUGCUUCCAUUGUCCGGUGAGAAGUCAUAACGUGCAAGGCUCCCAGCAGUGAGGCAAUUCAUCCUUGGCUCCGUCAUUUCAGUUUUAGAGGUUUUGUGCUAAAAAUUCUCGACUGGUAGAUUAAUUUAUGUUUGACAGGUUCUAGUUUUCGGUUUUUUGUGAUCUGUUUUCUUGAAUAUACAUGUUCAUUUCUGUUUCUUGGAUCAGUUUUUGAAUGUCUAAGUUCAUCAAUAAAUUAUUGCUGCUCAAA